ACUUCCGGCCGGGUUGCGGUGCUCUUGUGCGGGAACUAUAGAGGCUUGCCAGCUACAAUGGACGUGAACGGGCCGGACAGUGACUGGCGGAGUGCAGGAUUCAGGCAGAAGCUAGUCAGUCAGAUUGAUGAGGCCAUGCGCAAAGCAGGGGUUGCUCACACAAAGUCUAGUAAGGAGAUGGAGAGUCAUGUGUUUCUGAAGGCUAAAACACGAGAAGAGUAUUUGUCUUUGGUUGCAAGACUUAUUAUUCACUUUCGGGAUAUCCAUAACAAGAAAUCCCAAGCAUCAGUAAGUGACCCAAUGAAUGCUUUACAGACUCUGACUGGUGCAGCUCCUGUUAGUGCACAGGGAAUACCCAUGGGUGUCCGUCCUCCUGGGGCACAGAUGGCAGCCAUUGGUGGAAUGGCACAAAUGGCACAACAAAUGAGCCUCCCUGGUCAGCCACAGCCAGGUGCAUCGGGUAUGCCACCACAUGGAUUGGCAGGUGUAUCAGCCGGAAACCAGCCUACCCAACUGCAACUCCAGCAAAUGGCCCAGCAACAACAACAGCAGCAGCAGCAGUUUCAGCAGCAACAGGCAGCCUUACAACAACACCAUCAGCAGCAGCAGCAGCAGCAGCAGCAACAACAACAGCAGCAGCAGUUUCAAGUCUCUCAACAAAAUGUUAUGCAGCCACAGCAGCAGCAACAGUUUCAAAUGGCAGCCGUAGCUGCGGCUCAACAGCAGCAGCAGCAGCAGCAGCAGCAACAACAACAAGCACAACAGCAGCAACAGGCACAGCAGCUUCAAGCUGCAGCCCAGCAGCAACACAUAUUGAAGCUACAGAUGCAGCAACAACAGAGUCAGCAGCAGCAGCUGCAACAGCAGCAGACUCCACUGAGAUUUCCUCAUAUGCAGCAAAUGCAGCAGCAGCCAGUUCAACAAGUCAUGCAACAGCAACAACAACUGCAGCAACAGCAGCAACAACUGCAGCAACAGCAGCCACAGCAAGUGAUGCAGCUCCAGUUGCAGCAACAGCAGGUGGCACAGAAUCAACAGCAGUUGCUUUCCUCCCAAUCCCAAGCCCAGUCUUUGGUGCAACCAGGACAGACACUCUCUGGACAGAUUCCUUCCCAAGUUAUGUCGGUAACUCUCACACCGCAGCAGCAACAACAGUUAAAGUUACUUCAGCAGGCGCAAGCUCGGCAAGUGCAUCAACAAGCACAGGUUCAACAAGCCCAACAGCAAGCGCAAGCACAGAUGCAGGCAGAAAAGCAAGCUCAGCAACAGCAGGCGGCACAGCAAGCAGCUCAACAGCAGGUGCAGCAGGCCGCUCACCAGCAAGCCGCUCACCAGCAAGCCGCUCACCAGCAAGCCGCUCACCAGCAAGCCGCUCACCAGCAAGCCGCUCACCAGCAAGCCGCUCAGCAACAAGCCGCUCACCAGCAAGCCGCUCACCAGCAAGCCGCUCAGCAGCAGGCUGCUCAGCAGCAGGCUGCUCAGCAACAAGCCGCUCAGCAACAAGCCGCUCAGCAACAAGCCGCUCAGCAACAAGCUGCCCAGGCUCAUAUGGCGGCAGCAGCAGGAGGCCAGAUGAUCACCGCAACUAUGACUCGAGGUGGGAUGACAAUAAGGUCGCGGUUCACGCCCACCACUGAAUCUGACACGCCUCCAAGCUCCAUCCCUAUGGGAGGACAGCAGAUCCCACAGGUAAAUCAGGGCAAUAUCUCUUUAAUGUCGUCACCAUCUCCUGGACAGCAGGUGCAGACUCCUCAGUCCAUGCCACCACCUCCUCAGCCAUCCCCACAGCCUUCACAGCCAAUGUCUCAACCCAACUCCAAUGUCAGCUCUGGUACAGCACCCUCCCCAAGCUUUAUGCCAAGCCCAUCCCCACAGCCUUCCCAGAGCCCGGCAUCUGCUCGGACUCCUCAGAAUUUUAGUGUGCCCUCUCCUGGACCCCUCAAUACCCCAGGCAAUCCUAACUCUGUGAUGAGCCCUGCAAGCACCAGUCAGUCAGAGGAACAGCAAUACCUGGAGAAGCUGAAACAACUUUCCAAGUAUAUAGAGCCAUUGAGACGUAUGAUCAACAAGAUUGAUAAAAACGAAGAUCGAAAGAAAGAUCUCAGUAAAAUGAAAAGUCUCUUGGACAUCCUAACCGACCCAUCAAAGAGGUGCCCUCUGAAGACACUACAAAAAUGUGAGAUUGCUCUGGAGAAGCUAAAGAAUGACAUGGCAGUGCCAACUCCACCCCCUCCAACUGUCCCUUCUACAAAGCAGCAGUAUCUGUAUCAACCUCUGUUGGAUGCCGUCUUGGCGAAUAUCAGAUCACCUGUAUUUAACCACUCCCUGUAUCGUACAUUUGCUCCAGCUAUGACUGCCAUUCACGGGCAGCCUAUCACAGCUCAGAUGAUUGCUCCUCGAAAGCGAAAGUUUGAAGAAGACGAGAAGCAGUCUAUUCCGAACGUUCUUCAGGGUGAGGUCGCCAAACUGCACUCGAGAUUCUUGAUAAAUCUGGAUCCCUCUCACUGCAGCAAUAAUGGGACCGUUCAUCUUAUUUGUAAAUUGGAUGAUAAAAACCUUCCAAGCGUGCCUCCUCUGCAGCUGAGUGUCCCAGCUGAUUACCCUGAACAGAGUCCACUAUGGAUGAACAAUCCCCGACAAUACGAAGCCAAUCCUUUCUUACAGUCUGUGUACCGCUGCAUGACGUCUAAACUUCUUCAGCUUCCUGACAAGCAUUCUCUCACAGCAUUGCUGACCACAUGGGCACAAAGCAUUCGACAAGCCUGUCUGUCUGCUGCAUGAAGAAAACAAGCUGUUUUAUAUGCAUAAAUACAUCUGGACCAGUCCAUUAGGUCCAUGGGGCCAGUA